AUCCCAUAACAUAAACAUAUACCUAUCUUGUUCAUUACACAUCACACUCACCUCAUUGGUGUGAAACCUCUUCUUAUCUCAUCUCACCUUGCCAACCAUUCUUUUGUUUCUACUUCCAUUUCCACUCUCUUCAAUUCCACACACCUAAAACAAAAACAUUCACCAACAUCACUCUCCAAAGUCCAAACCCUUUCAACUCAAAUCUCAACACACCCACACUAUAUAUAAACAGAUUACAACAAGAAAAAAAGAAAACCACUCUCUAAACACACAACACAGAAACCCAAUAAACAAAAAUAUGAGUGCUGUGAAUCUUAACACAUGGACACACUCCAAUUUCAUGUUCAAUCAAGUUACUGCUACCAGAUUCAGAUCCAGAUCCACAUCCCCAUCUUUCUACUUUACCAAAAUACCCUCCACCAUUAAACCACAACAAACCCAUAACCAAUUCAUGAACUCCAACUCUUCCUUCUCCGUUUCAGCUUUGCUCACUAAACAAGAAACAAUCGAAACCGAAGAGAAACCAGUUUUCGAUUUCAAAUCCUACAUGAUCGAAAAAGCUACUAGGGUUAACAAAGCCCUAGACGACGCCGUUUCGUUACGCGAGCCUCUCAAAGUCCACGACGCUAUGAGAUACUCUCUCCUCGCCGGCGGGAAGCGCGUCCGCCCCGUUCUCUGCUUAGCCGCUUGCGAACUCGUCGGAGGCACCGAAUCCAUGUCGAUGCCGGCCGCCUGCGCCGUCGAAAUGAUCCACACUAUGUCGCUCAUCCACGACGACCUCCCUUGUAUGGACAACGACGAUCUCCGCCGCGGAAAACCGACUAAUCACAAAGUCUACGGAGAAGACGUCGCGGUUCUCGCCGGAGACGCGUUACUCGCUUUCGCCUUCGAGCAUAUUGCCGUUUCUACAUCCGGCGUUUCUCCGGCGAGAAUCGUCCGCGCAAUCGGAGAGCUCGCGAAGUCGAUCGGCUCCGAAGGACUCGUCGCCGGUCAAGUCGUCGAUAUAAACUCCGAAGGUUUAUCCGAUGUGGGAAUAGAGAGGCUCGAGUUCAUUCACCUCCAUAAAACCGCUGCGUUGUUAGAAGGUGCCGUAGUUCUCGGUGCGAUUCUCGGUGGUGGUUGCGAUGAAGAUGUUGAAAAACUGAGAAAAUUUGCUAGGUAUAUAGGUUUAUUGUUUCAGGUUGUUGAUGAUAUUCUUGAUGUCACGAAAUCUUCGCAAGAAUUAGGUAAAACGGCUGGGAAAGAUUUGGUGGCUGAUAAAGUUACUUAUCCAAAGCUUUUGGGGAUUGAAAAAUCUAAAGAAUUUGCUGAGAAAUUGAACAGGGAUGCACAGGAUCAGCUUUCUGGAUUUGAUUCUAGGAAAGCUGCUCCUUUGAUUGCUCUGGCUAAUUACAUUGCCUAUAGGCAAAACUAAGUUUUUUUUGUUGUAAUAUUGAAUUAAACAGUUAAGGAGUUUUAGAUUUAUCAGAAUCAUUUGCAAUUGGGGAAUGUAUAGAAUAAUUAAAUGGUCCCAUUUUUACC